AUGAAACGUAAAGGGAGAGAAUCAUUGGGAGCUUCAAUACUUAAAGAACAUUUAACUCAAAGUAGUAUGAAUCAACAACGUGCUCUAGAAAUAUUAGAAUCAAAUUCUUCCAAACUCAGUCAAAGUACUAAGUUUAGUAUUGAAGCUGCUAUGGGUUUACUUAGCCGGAUGGUAGAUGCAGGAUUAAUAAGAGAAGAUAAGGAGUUGUGGUUAUUUGCAAUGGAUUUAUUUGAAGAUUCUGUGAAAAGAGAAAUGUUUAUAAAUGUGUCACAUGAUCAUGGUGGGGAUAUUUUGUAUACAUUGGCAUUGGGUUUAUCUAACAGGGAUGUUGGGGAGCGUUUUCAACGUUCUGGGGAGACUAUUAGUAGAGCCUUUCAUGAAAUUCUAGAGGCAAUAGCUGGUAGAGGUAAAGGUUUUCAAGGUCUAGCACGUGACGUUAUAAAACCAAAAGAUCCAACUUUUCAAUUCAUACCACCUCAAAUCUUGAAUGACAAAAGAUACAUGUCGUAUUUCAAGGAUUGUAUUGGAUGUAUUGACGGUACACACAUAGGGGCUUGCAUCCCAGAGAGUCAGCAACUACCGUAUAUUGGUAGAAAAGGGGUACCAACUUUCAACAUCGGAUGGGAGGGAUCAGCACAUGACAUGCGUGUUUUCAUUAACGCGACCCAAAAUAGUAAAUUCAAUUUCCCACAACCACCUGAAGGUAGAUAUUAUUUGGUUGAUAAAGGAUAUCCAGAUAGAAAAGGAUACCUUGUUCCAUAUUCCAAGACAAGAUACCAUCAAUCUCAAUUUCAAAGAGAGCCCCCGAAUAAUAUGCAAGAAGCUUUCAACCGUUCACAUUCAUCUUUACGAAGUCAUAUUGAGAGGUCAUUUGGAAUUUUGAAGAAACGAUUUAAGAUACUUGGUAAAAUGCCCAAGUAUAGCGUGCAAACACAAAUUGAUGUUAUCAUGGCUACAUUUGCAUUGCAUAACUAUAUACGUAACUCUCAAGAAGAUUUCAUGUUUAUUGCAAUGGAGCAACAUCCAAACUACAUACUACAAGAUGAACUGCAUGAUGUUCGUAACCAUGACACAAGCACCGGUCUAUUUGAAGGAACAUCGAAUGAGAUGAAAUAUGUUCGCAAUGAAAUUGCUACUUUGAUAUGGAAUGCAUGA